AUGCCCAGUUCGCGCGGCGAUAGGCCCAAGCGUUCAGCAAAGCAAGUCCAUCUGAAACCCGGGUAUGUCGAUUCAAGCACCUUGCUCUUCGACAGCGACGAUGAAGGCAUCGAUGUUGCCAAGAGUAAAGAUGAGCAUGACAGCGAGGACGAAGGCAAGAGUGAGGAUGAUGAUGAUGAAGAUCGCCACAUCGUCAAGAAGCCUCGUCUUGGAGGAAAGCCCAAGGCUCAAGCUAAGAAGAAGGCUUCCCCACCGCCGCCAGACUCAUCGUGCCUGGCUUACUACCCAGAGAUCUAUGCAGCCGUUCAGAAAUGGAACAAGAUGCUCGGCUUACCACCUCCUCACCCGAUGAGUGAAGCGUCCACCAACAAGAUGCCAGAGCGUGAGGUCGAUUCGCCUGAGGCACAGGUUGCGAAAACUGUGGCGACCUAUGGUUUCGGGGCCCUCGAUGCCGUGCCCCCUGGUUUCAGACUAGUACCCUCUAAUGCCAUCAAGAAGAACUCAUCUUAUGAUGAGACAAAGGCUGGUUUUGAGAAGCUUCCAGGAGAGAUCCGCAAUAAAAUCUACGCCCUUGUUUUCGAGAAAGAGGCGCCCAUCGACUUCACGAACCGCGGCGGCUUUGCCCACUCAGCUGCUUUCCUUCGCGUCAAUAAAGUCGUCUACAACGAAGCUCGCGCGUUCAUCUAUGGCGGAAACCGCUUUGUCUUUGGUUACAAUCAUUCCAAAUCUGGAGCCUACUUUGAACCUGUAUGGAAUGAGCUCGGUUGGACCCACGUUCGUCGCUUCUUGACGGAUAUUGGACCUAAGAACAUCAGCCUAAUCCAAACUGUCGGUGUAUUCUUCUACGACGCUAGUCAGUCAGGCAACCCCGGCACGACUACGAACCAGCGUCGCUAUACUUACGACAAGGACCUCCUAUGGGUCCUCGAUCAUCUGAGCCAACACGGCAAAAUUCUAAAGCUCAAGUUGGGUUUCUGCGGACGCCGCAAAGUUAGAAUGAGCACUAGAGAUAAGGACUUCCUGAUUGCUUUGAAGGGUGUCAAGACGGACAAGCUCGAAAUUGGAAAUCCUACUUGCGAUGGGGAGGGCAAGUUUGACAGACAUACCCAUGACAGACUCGAUGAGUUGGUUGAGGAAUCGCUCAGAGAUGUGAUGGUCCGUCCUCUACCGCUGAAGGACCUUGAUCCACGCCUGGAGUUUUGA